CUUUUUCCUGGUAGCCAAUCACAGCUCAGGUAGCAGGGUGGUACUAGCCAAUCAUAGAUUGGAAGGCGGGACUAAAAUACUCCAAUCAGCCAAUAAGAUGACUCUGACUUCUGAUACUUCCUUGUUGGGUUUUUUAAGAUAAGUGUCUCAUCCGGAAGAAAAACUAUUUCAUGAAAUAAAAUUACGGUUCAUUUUAGAACACAUUUAUAUGAUGUUUAUAUAAUAAUAAAUGUUGAUAACUUAUUUAAAGAAUUUUAAUUGCAUAAAUAUAUCUUGCAACGUGUAAGUUCACGAAAACCGAGCUUUAAUUUUGAAGCACAGGUCAUUUGGUGCUCUGUUACUUUACAGAUGGGAAGAAAAUAAAAACAAACCCAGCACUGGAGUAGCUACAGGUGACAGAAUGAAGGUGCUGGUGCUAAAGGAACCCAGAGAGAGUGAGAGUGGAGCAGAUCCAUACAUCAAGGAGCUGGCAGCGUGUGGACACUCGGCGACACUCGUCCCCGUCCUGGCGUUUCAGUUUGUCUCUCUGGAUCGUCUGUCAGAUCGGCUGUUUGAUCCGGACAGGCACGGGGGGCUCGUGUUCACCAGUCCUAGAGCGGUCGAGGCUGUGAGACGGUGCAUUGAGAGCAGUACACACAGAGAAGAGUGGAACACGGUGAAAGAACAGUGGAACGCAAAAUCUGUGUAUGUGGUGGGGAAAGCGACGGCGUCAUUAGUUGAGGCUCUGGGUCUGAAGCCCCUCGGCGAACACACAGGCACGGCUGACGUUCUGUCUCAACUCGUCAUCGAGAGAGAAAACUCCACGUCUCUGCCUCUGUUCUUUCCCUGCGGCUCUCUGAAGAGAGAAGUGCUGCCUACCACACUGAGACAACACGGUAUUUCUCUGGAGACACUAACAGUCUAUGAGACGGCUGAACAUCCGGACCUGGAGAAAAACAUCACACACUACUUCAGCGAGCAGGGAGUGCCAGCCAGCGUUGCAUUCUUCAGUCCUUCUGGAGUGAAGUUUUGUCUGGAGCUGGUAAAGAAGCUGGCUGGAGAAAAACUGGACCAGAUCAAGUUCGCCGCUAUCGGUCCCACCACGGCCGAGGCUCUACAGGAAGCGGGUGUGAGCGUCAGCUGCUCGGCUCAGAAACCCACACCGCAGCAUCUCGCCACAGCCAUCACACACAGCCUGAGCGAUGACCUCAUCGUCUACCCUUUCAAAAACGUACUAAAAGUAGUGAUGUCAUCACAGCUGACUGUUUUUGUCUUCAUGGCGGUCAUGGGCUCGACGGUACCGGAGAAACUGUUCCACAGUCGGGAUCACUCGGAUGUAGAAAUGUCCUCCUCUCACCUGGCCGAGCUCAUCACUGAUACCAACACUGCUCAGCACUUUCUGUUCAAGUAUGGGUUCAUUAAGCCAGUGAAUUGGGAAAGCACCCAAAGCCCUGAUGCUGACACACUAACUGAUGCUGACAUCUUCUCAGAGGACACAGUGUCUCUCGUUCAGGAGGGGAGACUCGCCUCGUCCCGCUCAGGAGACAGUGAAAAUCCCCCAGAGUCGCCCGACUUCGUCAGAGCUCUGCUGGAGUUCCAGCGCGUGUCUGGUUUACCAGUUACAGGCGUGUUCGACGACGCCACCAAAGUGGCCAUGAACAAACCAAGAUGUGGUGUCCCUGACAAGGAAGAGGACCAGAUUGAGACCAUGGAGACUACCACCGCUGCAGAGGAUCUGAAUGAAUCCGCUGAGAUUUUCAACACCACAGCAACACCACAGAGUAACAACACAGACACUGACGUAGUUCAGAACAGCACCUCUGACAAGACCGAGACAGAGAAGCAGCACCACCUACAGACACUGAUGCGUAAGACCAGAAGGAGGAAAAGAAGCACCGGUGCAUUGUGGGGCCAUGCUGCGUUCUCUAAGAGUGUCCUAACAUGGCGGCUGAUUGGCGAAGGCUACAGCAGCCAGCUCUCGGUGGAUGAGCAGCGCUACAUCUUCAGGUUGGCCUUUAGGAUGUGGAGCGAAGUCUCGCCUCUGCAGUUUGUAGAGGAUCUGCAUUCGCCGCUGGACGAGAUUGACAUCAGACUGGGCUUCGGCACAGGUCGACACUUCGGAUGCUCUCAGAGGUUCGAUGGUGCUGGAAGGGAGUUUGCUCAUGCCUGGUUCCUCGGUGACAUCCAUUUUGAUGAUGAUGAACAUUUCACGGCCCCCAACACAGGAAAUGGGAUCAGCCUGCUUAAGGUAGCUGUGCAUGAGAUCGGCCACGUGCUGGGCCUUCCUCAUAUUUACCGCUCAGGAUCCAUCAUGCAGCCCAGCUAUCGGCCCCAGGAUGACGGCUUUGAGCUCGACUGGCUCGACAGGAAGGCCAUUCAGAACCUCUACGGAGGGUGCGAGGGUCGGUUCAGCACCGUGUUUGAUUGGAUCAGAAAGGAGAGAACGGCGUACGGUGAGGUGGUCGUGCGCUUUAACACCUACUUCAUGCGCAACAGUUGGUACUGGCUCUACGAAAACCGCAGCAACAGAACUCGUUACGGAGAUCCCGUCUCCGUGCAGGUCGGAUGGCACGGACUCCCGUCUUCCGGCGUGGACGCCUACGUGCACGUGUGGAGCCACACCACGGACGAAGUGUAUUUCUUUAAAGGAACGCAGUAUUGGAGAUACGACAGUGAGAACGAUCAGGUCUUCUCUGAAGAUGCAGACGGCCAGCGUUACCCCCGUCUCAUCUCCGAGGGCUUCCCCGGCGUGCCGAGCCCCAUCGACACGGCCUACUACGACAGGAGAGACGCUCACAUCUACUUCUUCAGAGGUUCCAUGGUUUAUAGGUUCAGUGUCCAAGCUAACAAGCUAGCUGCUAAAUCUCCUCAGAAAAUGACCGAGUUGUUUCCUGCCCUGACUCUGGGAGAUCAUCCUACGAGUAACCUGGACGCCGCAUAUUUCUCAUACACACACAACACCCUCUUCCUGCUAAAGGGCACCUCCUACUGGAGGGUGGUGGGAAGGAGGGAGCGCAAGAUGAAGCGCUCGCUGCCCUACAACAGCCUGCUGCCAAGUCGAGAGGUGCAGCAGCAGUGGUUCGACAUCUGCGACGUCCACGCCAGCGCUCUGAAAACUAGCCGCCGGUGACGGAGGGUCAGCGCA